AUGGGUGACCCGCGCGCCCUCCUACAAAAGGCCGACAAAGCCCUCUCAGGUGCCUCUACCGGUUUCAGCUUCUUUGGUGGUCGAUCGGAGAAAUACGAAAAUGCAGCAGAUCUAUACGUCCAAGCAGCAAACGCAUUUCGAGUGCAAAAGAUGAAUAAAGAAGCCGGUAUGGCAUUUGAGAAAGCCGCUGCCGUUCAAAGGAAUAAUCUCAACGAGCCCGACGACGCCGCAAAUAGCUUAUCCGAAGCCUUCAAGGUAUACCGUAAAACAGAUCCUGAGGAUGCAGUGCGAGUCCUCGCAGGCGCAAUUCAACAUUAUAUCAACAAGGGGAAUUUCAGACGAGCGGCUACUCACCAACAAAACCUAGCUGAAUGCUACGAAGUUGAGAUUGGUAACGCGAAGAAGGCUUUGGAGGAAUAUGAGAAGGCUGCUGAGUGGUAUGAGAGUGACAAUGCGGAGGCACUUGCAAACAAAUAUUACCUGAAGGUGGCCGACCUCGCAGCUAUAGAAGCCGACUAUUACAAGGCAAUUGGGUAUUACGAGAAAGUCGGAAAGGUUUCUAUCGACAAUAAUUUGAUGAAGUGGUCUGUAAAAGACUACUUUUUCAAGGCCGGCAUAUGCCACCUCGCAUCCGGGGACCUUGUUGCGACCAAUCGUGCGUUGGAGGGCUAUAGAGACCUCGACCCCACAUUUGCUUCGACCAGAGAGCACGCAUUAUUAGUCGAUCUUUUGCAAGCCGUUGAGCAAGGCGAACCAGACACCUUCGCCGACAAACUCUUCCAAUUCGACCAAUUGAGCAAGCUGGACAAGUGGAAGACCACAUUGUUCCUUCGCGUCAAGGGUAAUAUUGAAGAGACUGGUGAAGAUUUCUCGUAA